UUUAACCAAUAUUGAAAAUCAGAGAAAAAUAUCGUUAAAAUGUUACAUUUCCAUUAUGGAAAACAUAACAUUCCAUUGUGUGCGCUAAUUUUGCAGAUUAUGUUGCUAGCCACAGCGUAUGUAAUUUUCUUUCAAUCCACCAACGCACCAAACUUGGAGCCGCAAUUGAAUUUGGUCAAGCCAACACCAGCAAAUCGACUUGUGGUAUUUCUUGUCGAUGAUCUGCGUUCUAAAGCAUUCUUCGAGCAGGGCUGCAGCAAUGUUCCGCAUUUACGAGAACUUUUCCAGCAGCAAGGACAAGUGGGUGUAACGCGCUCACUAGCGCCCAGUUUAAAAUCUUCCGGAUAUGUGGAUCUAUUCUGCGGUUUGUAUCAGACACCGGCAACUUUGCUACGGUCACUAUGGUCAAGACAAGAAGUCAACUGUGUUACAUUCAAUCAAGAUGUAUUAAGCUAUGUCUGGGCAUCUCAAGAAUUCUUUGAGAAAUUUCCACAGUUAUAUAAGGCAGGUGUUAUACCAAGUCAUAUAACAGGCUAUCAACUGGAUGAUUGGGUUUUACAGUCUCUGAACGAUUUUCUAAGCAAUGAAGCUACAUUGCUGCAAAAGACGAAGCCAAUGGUGCUGCUAGUGCAACUCUUGAGCUUAAAACAUUCGAAAAGAUAUCGCGAGACUCUAAACUCGACGCAGUAUAACGUCUGGCGGGCUUAUCAAGGAAUGGAAAGAGCUUUUCCAGAUGGUCUCACCAGCUAUUUACUGACCUCAGAUGGCCAGAUGCAAGCCGAAACUCCCUUUUAUCUAUGGGGAGCUGCUAUACCGUAUAUAGAACAGAGUCCAGGCCGCAGUUUUAUGGCCAAUGAGUUAGGUAAACGCCUACCAUUGCAGGUCUUACAGCAAGUACAGCUAACCCCUUUAAUGAGCACACUAUUGGGUCUGUCGCCGCCCACAGCUAAUCAAGGACGCUUGCCUGUGGAACUUAUUAAUGCCAGCAGUCGCUUAGAGGCGGAUGCAUCAUAUAAAAAUGCUUUACAGCUAAUACACCAAGCGGCACAUGUAGUCCGGCUACAGCAGCGUGGAGUAUUUUCUAAACUGAUGUCCAGCCACUGGUUGACACUGGCGCUGAUGGACAACUUCAUCUUCAGCUGCAAUCUAUUGUGGGAACAACAGCGUUAUCUAGCGCUCAAAGAGUACAGCAGCAACUAUGUGCCAACUAUUUUAGAUUGCCUGGCAUUUUACAAGGGUUAUUAUCGACGUGGAAUGCUGUUUGCCACCGCCUGUGCUUUUAUGGGCAGACUGCAUCAGUUACGUUCGCUACCACCUUCGCCAAGUAGUCGUCGUUCCAAGCUAUCCUGCGUCGUGUACAGCUUGAGCUUUUUCCUACUUUUACUUGUACUUCUGCAGCGCCUAUCCUGGCUGAUGAGCGCAGUGUUUUUGUUGCCUGCACUUAUUUGGACACUGGCGCAAAGGACGCGGGCAAAAGGCUCCAAGGGAUUAUCCUGCCGCCAAUCGACGGGGCUCAUAUUAUUCGCCUUGUGCUGUACCAGUGGCUUCUUUCAGCGCAGGUAUAUAGCUGCUCUAUAUUUUGGAUACAACUGCUACUACAACCGCCGCAGCUUUUUGCUACGUUCUCGCAAGUUCUACUUAUGGCUGUCAUUGGUAAGCGCACUCACAGGAUUAUGUUGGAUUCCGCCGUCACUGGGCUACAGUCAUCGUUCUAUACUUGUAAUCAGCCUAUUAGUAACCCUAGCGCAACCACUGUUCAGUGGCUCCUUGCGCAAAAUGCGCCGAAAUAAUCUGCUUUGCAAUGUCCUUGUACUAGUAACAGCCGUUCUGCAUGUUAUCUAUAGUCCACAGCCCUGGAUGAUGCAUUUUAUAGCUCGUGCCUAUUUAUGCUAUGUGCUUUAUCCGCGUGACAUCCAAAAUGGCAUGCAAACUAUCCUGUACAAUCUUAGCACAGUAUACGCGUUAAUCUGCACAUCCUAUGAAGCUGUGGUCAUACAGUCACUUUGCCUAGAGCUACAAUUGGGACUAUAUCUGAAGAACGAGCGCCACACAGCUUUAAGCCCUCGUGCCCAGGCAAUUCAUUUGUUCUUAUACAGCUACUACUCAUUUUUUGUAAUUGGCGAUAUUAUGGCUAUUGAUGGAUUUCGAUUUUACAUGCGAUUUACAGGGUUUGGCUGCUACUCGACGUUUAUAAAUAUAUUACUCAUUAUCCUAAAGUUACUACUGCCGCUGCUCAUGAUAAUUUGUGUAAUUAGCACUAAUUGCGCUGAUUUUUGGUCCUUACGUCGUCGCAUAUUUCAGAAGCUACUCAUUUUAAGCAACUCCAUGGCUUUAUUCUUCUUAUUUCGAUUACGUGAUUCCGGCUACUGGUGGGAAAUCUUAGAAAGAAUUGGGCAUUUUGUUAUUGUACAGAUUUUACCAUUUGUAUUAUUAAUACUAUGUUUGGUAUCUCAUACGAUAUUAGGCGCAAGUGUGAAAAGUUCUUUGCGUUUGCCCAAAUGGAAUGCUUAUAAUUACUAACUAGAAAUAUCAAAACAUUCUACUAAUAAAUGUCGUUUUAAUACGCUUUGCCAUUUCUAAAAAAAAAUUGGAUUAUACUACUGCUGGGAGAGCAAGUUUACCUUUACUUUCUGAUAAGAACUCUAUUAUUAACGCCAAAAUGUUUAAAAUGAAUCAUAUCCAAUUACUAUACAAACGAUGGGCAGUUUUUAUACUCUUUUAUAUUUCGGUAAUGGAAAAGAGUUUUGAAAAAGAUUAUAUACGUAAAAAAGAAAACAGCUUGAGAUGACCGCCCCAUUGAAUUUGAUAAUGACAUUAAUAUUAAACGCAACAUACUAUACAAUGCUACACAAAAAUGCGUCUAAAUGUAAAUGUAGUAAAUUACUAUAAGUGAUAAAAUCAAAUAAAUUGAA